CAUGGCGGAGUCUUCCAGUACGCGUAGCGCCUCGCCAGCAGACAACGCAAGACCCGACCCUGGGAAUAAAAAAACGCGCAGUCCCGUAGGUUUGAAGAUUAUUUUAUUGCAGCGAGGUAGGGCAGUUCAUUGAAUUUCUCCAUGAAUGUACGUCACAAUGAUGAUGACAGACCAGAUUCCACUGGACUUGGCUCCGCCCCCCCACCUCAACGGGGAGGUCCCUCUCAUGCCUCACAUGGUUAAUGGUGAGGCAGCACAACAGGUGAUCCUGGUGCAGGUGAACCCUGGAGAGACGUUCACCAUCCGAGCAGAGGAUGGCUCACUACAGUGCAUCCAGGGUCCUGCUGAGGUUCCCAUGAUGUCCCCAAAUGGGUCUAUCCCCCCCAUCCACGUACCCCCAGGAUACAUCUCGCAGGUGCUGGAGGAUACCACAGGUGUUCGCCGGGUGGUGGUGACUCCCCAGUCUCCAGAGUGCUACCCUCCCUCCUACUCUCCAGCCCUCUCCCCCACACACCACCUGCCACCAUACCUGACACACCCUCACUUCAUCCCCAAUUCGUUCUACCCCCCUGUCAGCCCAGGAGAGUUGCCUCCUCACCAGUACUACCAGCACCACAUUCCCCCCAUGUAUGGCGAUCCAGAAAUCAUUCCACUUUAUGGGAUACCAAACUAUAUAGGCAGAGAGGAUACGUACAAUAAGCCGCAGCCAAAAAAGAUAAAAGAACAGAGACAACUAGAGCGACAGAACCGACUUAACUCGCCACCUUCCACUCUCUACAAGGGCAGUCAGGGGUCGGCACACAACGGAUACAGUAACAAAUCACACGCCCCGUCGCUGGGGUCAGUGGGAUCGGGGGGAGGAGUCAGUAGUCCAGGAGGGAAGAAGCCAGAGAGGCGACUCCGCAGCAGUCCACGAAACAGUGAACCAGAGACACACACACAAGAUCAUGAUUCAGAGGGUAAACGUGUUCAAGACUUGCUGUCUACAAUCGACAAACCACAGGUGUCCAGUGUGCAGGCACGGACCGCACAGCUGUCUUGGGCACCCCCGGCAGGGCUGGUGAACAGGCAUAGUAACGGGAUGCCCGUGUCCUGCUCUUACGAAGUCUCUCUCUCAGAUAAGGGACGAGAUGGAAAGUAUCGCCUCGUGUACAGUGGUGAAGAAUUGGAGUACCAUCUGAAGGACCUAAGGCCAGCGACAGACUACCACGUACGGGUGUCAGCGAUGUACAACUCGGUUCGGGGCUCGUGUUCAGAGGCUGGCUCGUUCACCACACACUGCAGCGUCCCCGAUGCCCCGUUACCCCCGAAACUCUCCCACCGCUCCAAGAGCACCCUUACCAUACAGUGGAAGCCCCAGGGCGACAACGGAUCCAAAAUCACAAACUACCUGCUCGAGUGGGAUGAGGGAAAGAAGAACAGUGUUUUCAGAGAAUAUUACUUUGGGAGCCAGAGACAUUGUAAGCUGACACGACUGUUCCCUGCCUGUGGUUACACGUUUAGGGUGGCCGCUCACAACGACAUCGGCAGAAGUGGCUUCAGCACAGAGGUGGUCUUUUAUACCAUGGGCACGCUGCCUGCUCUGCCUCUGGCGCCACGGCUGGUCAGGGCAGGGGUGUCCUGGGUGACCCUGGAGUGGGGGCGUCCUGAGGGCAGUCCAAGCGAGGAGCAGCUCAAAUACACACUUGAGAUCCAGGAGGACAACAGCGGAACAGACUUUCAUCCAAAGUACACUGGAGAAAACUUGACCUGUACUGUACAAGGCCUGAAGAGGAGUACACAGUAUAAAUUCAGGCUCAUAGCAUCGAACCUGGAGGGAAGUUCAGACAAACCAGGCGCUCCAUCCACACCUUGUGUCACCGCAACAACGCCCUAUGGAUUCACCGUGACAUGGGAUCCUCCACAGGACAACGGGGGCUCAGAGGCUCUCACGUACCUGCUAGAGAUCUCAGAGGAAUGCUCCGAAGUGAGCCAGUGGGAGGUAGCAUACAGCGGUCCAGCAACAGAAUGCAUGUGCGAGCGCUUGACACCCGGGACCUUGUACCGCCUACGUGUGUGUAGCAUCACCACCGGAGGACACAGCCCAUGCACCGUUAGUGUUCCAGUUCGUACAUCAAGUGUCCCGCCGGGGCCCUGCCAGCCGCCAAGGAUUGUGGGUAAAACCAAACACAAGGAAGUGCAGUUAGAAUGGGACUCCCCUGUCUCUGAGGGAGUGUGUGAGGAGUGUGUGUUCAGUCUGGAGAUGAGCGAGGGAGACACCAAGGCAGCAGAGGUGUACCAUGGGUCGGAGCUGCAAUGCACAGUUGGUAGUCUGCUUCCUGGUGCCACGUACAGCUUCAGACUGCGGGCUGCCAAUGAAGCUGGGUUCGGAGCCUACUCUGAGCCAACAGAGGUGACGACUGCAGCAGGCCCACCUGGCCAGUGCGGGGCGCCACUCAUCAGUCUCACCAGCAACACCUGUGUAACGAUUAACUGGGAGAGUCCUGAGGGGUCGGGUACAGACAUCUCUGAAUAUCGUUUGGAGUGGGCGAGGGAAGACGAACCCAUGGAGCUCAUCUACUGUGGGUCUGCCACGCAGUGUGAGCUGUCGGAUCUGAUGCCUGCCACAGACUACUGCUACAGACUACAGGCAGUGAAUCAGGCUGGCGCUGGUCCUUACAGCGAGCAAGUGAGUUUCAGGACCCCAGCGUCAGUUCCUGACCAGGUGUCAUCCCUCACCCUCCUGGAGCUCCCAGCCUCCUCGGAGUCAGGUCACUCCCCGUGUACCUGCCUUUUUCUAAAGUGGGAUGAGCCAAACAGCAAUGGGGCAGAGAUCACCUCUUAUAUCAUCACCCUGGAUGACAUGAGCAUGACUGUGGAAUCAGGGACAAGUCACUUUGUUACGGGCCUGCAACCAGACAGCGAAUACAGUGUACGGAUCCAGGCGGUGAAUGGCAUUGGCGCCGGUCCCAUGAGCCCACAUCUGCUGGCGUGGACACGCCCCCUCCCUCCUGCACCGCCUCCUCUCGAAUGCUCAGCAGCCGGCCCUCAGAGCCUGAAGCUGAAGUGGGGUGAAAACGCCAGCCACACAAGAGCCCUGCUCGCUGAUGACGUGGUCUACACACUACAGAUGGAGGAUAAGAACCACAGGUUUGUGACGAUCUACCGCGGCCCCAGCCACACCUAUAAGGUUCAGCGAUUGACCGAGUCCAGCAGCUACAGUUUUAGAAUACAGGCCAUCAAGGAUGCUGGGGAGGGUCCAUUCUCUGACACACACACUUUCUGCACAACCAAGUCUGUACCCCCUGCCCUCAAAGCUCCCAGAGUGCACCAGCUGGAGGGCAACAUGUGUGAGAUCACAUGGGAGACUAUCCCACCAAUGAGAGGGGAUCCUGUGAGCUACGUGCUUCAGGUGCUGGUAGGACGCGAGACAGAGUACAAACAGGUUUAUAAGGGGGAAGAGGGUGUGUUCCAAAUCUCUGCUCUCCAGGGCAACACAGACUAUCGUUUCCGCGUGGGCGCCUGCCGCCGUUGCCAGGAUACGUGCCAGGAACUUUGCGGACCACUGAGCCCCUCCUCCUUGUUCACACUGCGUCGCCAGGAGACGGCAUCAUCGGGAGAGCUGUGCGCCAUGGAAACAGGCAAAGGGGCGGGCCUAAUCUCAAGCGAUGAGCGCUUCGCAGCACUGAUUGUGUGCAUGUUUGCGGGCUUCUCCAUCCUCAUGGCCUGUUUGCUACAGUACUUCUUCAUGAAGUGAGGGAAUUUUAACUAUAGGAUAGAAACAGAAAGUAAAAUCACAAAAACUUUAAACGCACGUCUAUGAAAGAGCGAAUGAAAUCAAAACAAACACUUGAUCUACUUUUAAGGCUUUUUUUUUUUUUGAAGUAUUGGUUCAGGUGUUCCUCACCUUGUUCCUGUUGGCUUCUACCUUCACUUAGUUUGGCCUCUUUUCUCUCUACGUCUCUGUUGUCUUUGUAUCAUCGUCUGUCUCACUUGUUAAAGAUUUCUGUCGAGGGAAGCUGGACCUCGGUUGGGAAAGAAAACUGAUAAUCAAGCCUUAAGAUAGCUGUGAGCAAAGCAGUUGCUCUUCAGACUGACUUGCAUGUUUUUUAAUUUGUAUCUUUUUUUUUUUAACAUAUUCGAUAAGAAAACGUGUAUAUUUCUUGAUGGUCAUUGACUUUUUUUGUUUUUCAGUGUUUAAUUUUUUUUUUUCUUUUGUGUUAUGGUGCAGACUUUAUCCAUUCAGCCAUAUUCCAACGUAGGCCUUAAAAGCUUUAGCCGUUCAUACCUUAUUAUUCAGUUUGUUACUCCUCAACAGGUUGUCGGUCAGUUCAUGCUGUCUGCGCCUGCUCUCACAUACAGACUGACAAAGACACACACAUACACGUACAGAAUUUUUGUACAUAUACAUGCACACUCUUACAGUUACGCACGUGCAAUGACAAUGAAAAACACAUUUCAUCCUAAGAAGUCUAUCGCAUAUCUUCUCAGCUUUUAACAUUCAAUCCCUCACUCAUUCAUUUACCAAAGUGAUGCAAUCUGUGUGGUGUAAGAUGCUGCUAUCCUGUGAUUUUACUAUAUCUAAGAAAGAACGGGAAACCAGUUCAAAUAUAUAUGAUGCUAUAGAAGUGAUGUAAUAUAAGUGAUGGCGAUGUAAAGUCUGAAAUACAGUGUGAGCGAUUCAACUCUAGGUGCUCACAAAAGCGGCUCUGAGAUCAGUUCAUUAGCUCCUGGUUGAAGGAACCUUUAAACACUGGUCUUGGAUCAGAGUAUAAACUGGCUUUAGCAUUCAGGAAGCCAGGCCUGGAUCAUGAUUUGGUGCAACUUACUGGGAAAGGUCUGGGUUGAGCAUGCAAGAGGCCCCUCAGCCAGUCCUACCGUAUUCUACCAUCUCAAACACCAUUGCUCCAGUCUGUUUAUCUGUAGCUGUAGCAGCAUUAUGUCCUUAGUGUCACAAAAACAGAAGUGCUAACAGCCUGCCAGCUAGCCACCCUUCUCAGAGCUGUGUGUGUGUUUACCAGGAAAGCCAUUAGGAGUUGGCUUGGGCUUUACCCCCUUGAAAUUUAGCCAUUUGCCAGCCAGAGCAGUGCUGAAGCUGUAGUUUCUCCUCCCAGCUAAUCUGUGAAUCGAUACAUUUGAAGACUCUUCUCCUCUUUUCUCUUCUCCUGCCCAUAAUUACCUUUAAUUACCUUUUUGCUCUGGCUGCUUCUCUCUUGUUUUGGAUCCACCCCCCACCCCCACCCCGUUUAAAAGGUGCUUUAUUGACAUGUAAUCAGAGCAGUAGCAAAUCUGUGGUCUCUCCUCAGAUGGACAUGUUUUUUGGGGACAUGAACUAAUGUUCACUAACCAAACAAGCCUUUGACAGAACACAGUUCAGCAGAACAGGGCAUUCUGACACAUGUAACAUGAGGCUGACCUCCCCCCUUGCCUCCUGAACCCCUUUUUACCCCCAACCCGGAAAACAAAGCCAAGGUACAGCCUGAUGAUCCAUAGAGGUCACCCUGACCUACACAAUUAAUGUGUGACAUGUCCUCUUUUGUCAGGUGGGGUGUGAGAGAGGAGGGAUUGGGGGUGGGGGGGAUGAUUAGCUCUGAUUGGCAGCCUGUAACGUACCUCAGGGACAAGGCCUUACAGAGGGGAGAUCUGAUCCUGUCAUCCCAAAUGCUGUCAUCAUCAUAGUGUCCUCUCCCCCAUUUCCUCUCUGUCUUCUUCCUUCCUUUUCUUUCAUUUUUGAUGCUGUAUCUUGUCCUCUGUUUAUGCUGUGCCUUGCUCCUGUAUGUGUCAGUAAGCAAAGUGGUUUACUAGCUCAAGAUACCUUUGCCAAAGUUGAUGAGAAAGUUAGAGUUCUUUUCUAGGUUUUAUUUAUACUAUAUAUUUGCAUACAGUACUUUACAUGCCAGUUACAGUGCAAUCAUCAUUUAUUUAUUGUUUAAAGAUUAAGAGUCAAGUGUAGUUAUAUACUAAUUUUUUCCUUGUAGCAUGUUUUCUUCCAUUUUUUUUAAAUGGAUGUAUGUUAGAUUGUAUGAUUAAGGCCAGCAUUCCAUAUCUCAGUAACCCUUUAAGUAUUUCUCUCGCAGCUGUUGGGAACCUGUAGCUCAUCUGUCCAUACAAUUAUUGCCUUUUCAAUCAUGUAACCAAAUGGCUAUGUACUUUGUUUUUCAUCUCCGGUUUCGGCCACGCACAGCCAAGCAGCUUUUGUAAUGCUUUGAGAGACAUGUAGCCUUAUGGUCAGUUCAAGUUAUUUGUAUCGGGAUAAAUGUUGCUGCCUUUGGCUUUUUUCCUAUUAGUGUUAUAAUGAAGCUUCUGAUAUAUUUUUACUGUUUUAUUGCCAAAGCGCAGGUGUCUUGUGUCCACUAGAUGUUGCGUUUUCGAAGGGAUUCAAUACAGCAUUACAGUUUUACUAUUAAUAUAUUUCAAAACGAAAAAAAAAAAACAUUGAUGUGAUCUGUGAUUAUGCUUCUUUACAUAUUAUCUUUUAUUAUUUUGUUUUGUAAAGCAAAAUGUGCCAUGUUGAAAUGUGUAGCCCCCGUUUGGAGGAGAGUUUUUAACACAACCUGAUUUCACACUGAAAGGGUCUAAAAGGAAAAAAAAAAAGUGGCAAAAACAAUCACAAUGUUUUUAGGCAGAUGACGACAAUAACAUUGAGGAUUCCUUGUUCAGGCUAGUGCUGGUAUAGCGGUAGUGAGUAUUUUGUGUCCAGUAUUUUAAGAUUAAGAGAUGAUAUACAGAGAUAUCUAUAGAGCUAUAGAAUGAGAUGGUAAAUGCAUUAUGACUAACGGAGUUGAAGCACUUUUUUUAUGCCCAGCAAUAGUUGUGAUGAGGUUAAUAUAAGCGAGAGGAGACACACAACUGUCCCUCUGUUUCAAACACUACUGCCGACGCAGUCUGUUACAUUCAUUAGCAUAAUUCUGCCAUUGGCAUCACUGUGACGUUGGCAUUACUGGAGCAUGGUUGUGUGCUUCUCGACCGGCGCCCUGCUCCCUGCAGAAAGCAAACUACAGCAGCGAAGGAAGUAUCGUUCACGGGGGCUAUGGUGCCUUUUCUCACACGUGCUCAUGGUGCGUUUACCUGGCCUGUUGCAUUGUAGUCGACAGGUGAUGUGUGAGGUGUCCUAUCCUUGUACCCCUGAUGUUUUGUAUUGCCCACCCACAGCCCCCUUUUCACACCUUAAUCCCCGAUGGGAGAGGUGAGGUUGAAUUAGUGUUUGGCCAAACGCAGGCCAGUUAUGUUAGUAUUGUAAAGUCUGGGGUUAAUGAAAUGUUAACUGAAAGGCUCUGUAUUUGUGGGCAGGGUACUCCCUUUAUGUGCUUUUUUUUGUUUUCCCCCUUUGUUUCCUUCAAAUGAUCAUGUUAUAGCGCCAACCGUACAGGUCCUGCACAUUUGGUGGGUAUAUUAAGAGUGAGAGACAGUUUUUGCCCAGCAUCCCCACGUCUGUGCCUUCUGAUCAGUUUUUCUUUUUUUUUCCUGAUCAUGUUAUGUGAGAUUUUGACUGAGAUUGGCGAUUUCACAAACGUACAAAGACUCACAGGUAUUCAACUAUUUUUUAAGUGAGACAAAAAGAGAAACAUAUUUUUACCUCACCGUUUUAAAACCAACAUUCCGAUGAAAAAUAAAAGAAAUUCAUACAUUUCUUCUUGUAUUGUAAAUGUUUGACAAUUUCAUAUGCAUUAUAUAAAAGAAACUGCCAUAUCAACUUUAAUGUAUAGAUUUUUGCAAAUACCAUCCUAUGUAUGUAAGACAUAACUGUAUCUGUAGCGUAUAUAUAAUAUAU